UGCUGUUUCUGCAGCAAUUUGGAUUCUCUGCGCGAGUGGAGGGCGAGAUCUUAUUUAUAGAAGAUUGGAACUCAUUUGGAUCGGGUUCUGAUUGGUUUUUUCUCAGCGGUCAUCUCAUCUACGGAGGUCAGGCUGAGAAGCGCCGGUGUUGCUCGCUAGAUCUGCUAUCUGAGGCACUAGCUAUCAGCAUGGCAACGGCUCCUGCGGCAACUGGAUGGCUGAGGGGAAAAGUGAAGGCCGUUCCAUCUGGGGAUACUCUCGUGAUCAUGGGAAGUACAAAAUUAGAAUUUCCACCGGAGAAGACCAUAACAUUGUCGCACAUCAUAACACCUAGGCUGGCUCGCCGAGGUACAAUGGAUGAGCCAUUUGCAUGGGACAGCAGAGAGUUUUUGAGAAAACUUUGCAUAGGAAAGGAGGUGGUAUUCAAAGUAGAUUACACUGUUGCAAACAUAAACAGAGAGUUCGGUACAGUUUUCCUUGCGGACAAGAAUAUUGCACAUUUGCUUGUUUCUCAAGGAUGGGCAAAGGUUAAGGAGCAGGGUCCACAAAAAGGCGAAGCAAGCCCUGCUUUAGCAGAACUGCUGCAUUUGGAGGAGCAAGCUAAGCAGCAAGAGCUAGGUCGCUGGAGCAAGGCACCCGGUGCAGCAGAGGCAUCAAUCAGAAACCUCCCUCCCUCCGCCAUAGGUGAUCCCAGUAAUUUGGACGCCAUGGGACUCUUGACUGCAAAUAAGGGAAAAUCCAUGCAAGCUAUUGUUGAGCAAGUUCGUGAUGGCAGUACAGUUCGUGUCUAUCUGCUCCCUGAAUUUCUGUUUGUUCAAGUUUUUAUUGCUGGGAUCCAGGCGCCAUCUAUGGGAAGAAGGGCUGUAGUGGAAGCUACUCCAGCACCGGAAGUGCCAACGGAUGAUGCAGAUGGAGAAGCAUCUGCUGAAAUUAGAACCCAACAAACAUCUGCACAAAGACUUAUAUCACAAGCAUCAGCUACUGAAAUUUCGCCUGACCCAUUUGGGAGAGAAGCCAAACACUUCACAGAGAUUCACACAUUAAAUCGUGAUGUUCGUAUUGUACUGGAAGGCGUGGAUAAAUUCAGUAAUUUGAUUGGCUCCUUAUAUUAUCCGGAUGGUGAUUCUGCAAAAGAUAUUGCUUUGGAGCUUGUGCAAAAUGGAUUGGCUAAGUAUGUGGAAUGGAGUGCCAACAUGAUGGAGGAUGAAGCAAAACGACGGUUGAAGGCUGCCGAUCUUCAAGCGAAAAAAGAUCGCUUGAGAAUCUGGACAAAUUAUGUACCACCCCAAACAAAUUCAAAAGCUAUUCAUGAUCAAAACUUCACAGGAAAGGUUGUUGAGGUUGUUAGUGGGGAUUGUAUCAUCGUUGCUGAUGACUCCAUAUCAUAUGGAAGUCCAAUGGCAGAACGCAGAGUUAAUCUCUCUAGUAUUAGGUGCCCUAAGAUAGGAAAUCCUCGUAGAGAUGAAAAGCCCGCAGCUUAUGCCCGUGAGGCUAGGGAAUUCCUCCGUACACGCCUCAUUGGCCGUCCGGUCAAAGUUUCCAUGGAAUAUUCUAGGAAGGUAAGCAUGGCCGAUGGGCCAUUCACAACUGGUGUACCUGGUUCAGCUGAUUCUAGAGUAAUGGAUUUUGGGUCAGUUUUUUUAUUAUCACCAUCAAAAGCUGAUGGUGAUGACAACACUCCUGCUCAACCUUCUGUCAAUGGUCAAUCAGAAGGAAUUAAUGUAGCUGAGCUGGUUGUGUCACGUGGUUUUGGGACUGUUAUCAGACACCGAGAUUUUGAAGAAAGGUCAAAUUUUUACGAUGCUUUACUUGCAGCAGAGUCACGAGCUAUCAGCGGGAAGAAAGGGAUUCAUUCUGCCAAGGACUCGCCUGUUAUGCACAUCACUGAUCUUACCACGGCAUCGGUUAAAAAGGCGAAGGACUUCUUGCCAUUUCUACAACGAAGUAGAAGGCUUCCUGCUAUUGUGGAAUAUGUCCUUAGUGGUCACCGAUUCAAAUUGCUGAUCCCUAAGGAGACCUGCAGUAUUGCCUUCUCAUUGUCCGGUGUCAGGUGCCCAGGACGCGACGAGCCCUUCUCAAAUGAAGCAAUUUCCUUGAUGAGGAGGAGGAUACUUCAAAGGGAUGUGGAGAUUGAAGUAGAGACGGUAGAUCGAACUGGAACUUUCUUGGGUUCUUUAUGGGAAUCUAGUACUAAUAUAGGUGCCGUACUUCUUGAAGCUGGGCUUGCUAAGCUUCAGACAGGCUUUGGUGCGGAUAGGAUCCCAGAUUCUCAGACUCUUGCUCAGGCUGAACGGUCGGCCAAGCAACAGAAGUUAAAGAUUUGGGAAAACUAUGUUGAGGGACAAGAGAAUACCAAUGUUUCUUCAGCAGAAUCAAAAGAGAAGGAAGUGCUUAAGGUUGUGGUCACUGAAGUCCUUGGUGGUGGAAAAUUCUAUGUUCAGACAGUUGGUGAUCAAAAGGUGGCUGCUAUCCAGAAUCAGCUUGCUGCAUUGAACCUUGGAGAAGCUCCAUUAAUUGGUUCUUUCACUCCCAAAAAAGGAGAUAUUGUCCUUGCUCAGUUCAGCUUGGAUAAAUCUUGGAACCGAGCUUUGAUCGUUAAUGGACCACGAGGACCUGUUGAAUCUCUCAACGACAACUUUGAGGUCUUCUACAUCGACUACGGCAACCAGGAGACUGUUCCAUACAGUCAACUCAGACGACUCGAUUCAUCGGUCUCGUCGUCACCCGGGUUGGCUCAGCUAUGCAAGCUCGCAUAUAUCAAGGUGCCAGAGUUGGAAGACGAUUUUGGACAAGAAGCUGCCGAAUAUCUCAGUGAGUGCACUCUUAACAGUUCUAAAGAGUUCAGAGCUAUGAUUGAAGAUAGAGACACUUCAGGUGGUAAAGUUAAGGGACAGGGAACUGGAACAGUAUUGAUUGUCACUCUGGUUGAUGUGGAAGCUGAAACUAGUGUCAACGCUGCCAUGCUGCAGGAAGGACUGGGCAGGCUAGAAAGAAGGAAGAAGUGGGACAGGAAGGAAAGACAGGCUGCACUAGACAACCUCGAAGAGUUCCAAGCCAAGGCGAAGCGCGAUCGGCUUAAAAUAUGGCAGUAUGGCGAUAUUCAAUCCGAUGAAGACGAAGACUCUGCUCCGGCGGCUGCCAGGAAAGCAGGCGGGGGCCGUCGCUAGA